ACACUUGUAAGGAGAAGAGAAGUCAGUGUAUCAGAGACACUCUGAAAUGAGGAAAUAGAAGCUUGGAUUGAAGGAGGAAGAGCUGCAGCCAGAACACAAGAGAGCAAGCCCUGAAGAUAAUUCUACUGAGAGGUCUGACAUGGCCUCUCUUGGCAUCCAACUUAUAGGCUAUAUCCUUGGCCUUCUGGGGCUGUUGGGCACCUUGGUGGCCAUGCUACUUCCCACCUGGCGAACGAGUUCUUAUGUCGGUGCCAGCAUUGUGACAGCAGUUGGCUUCUCCAAAGGCCUCUGGAUGGAGUGUGCCACACACAGCACAGGCAUCACCCAGUGUGACAUCUACAGCACACUUCUAGGCCUGCCCCCUGACAUCCAGGCUGCACAGGCCAUGAUGGUGACAUCCAGUGCAAUCUCCUCUUUGGCCUGCAUUAUCUCUGUGGUGGGCAUGAAAUGCACGGUCUUCUGCCAGGAUUCGAGAGCCAAAGACAGAGUGGCGAUAGUGGGCGGAGUCUUCUUCAUCCUCGGAGGUCUCCUGAGUUUCAUCCCCGUUGCCUGGAAUCUUCAUGGGAUUUUGCGAGAUUUCUACUCUCCACUGGUGCCUGACAGCAUGAAAUUUGAAAUCGGAGAGGCUCUUUACCUGGGCAUUAUUUCUUCCCUGUUUUCCCUGGUAGCUGGAGUCAUCCUCUGCUUUUCUUGCUCACCCCAGGGAAAUCGCUCCAACUACUUUGAUACCUACCAGGCUCAGCCUCUUGCUACUACUAGGAGCUCUCCAAGACCUGGUCAACUGCCCAAAGUCAAGAAUGAGUUUAACUCCUACAGCCUGACAGGGUAUGUGUGAAGAACCAGGGGCCAGAGCUGGGGGUGGUGGUGGCUGGGUAUGUGAAAAACAGUGGACAGCCCCCGCCCAGGGACACAGGUGAGGGACAUUCCUACUGGAUCAUGUCAGAAGGUGCUGCUGAGGAUAGACUGACUUUGGCCACGGGAUCAAGAUAAGGAAAAAAAUGGGUUCUGGUGUGACAGUGUCCAGGUUGAACUGUCAAGAGGCAUACCAACCAGCCUUUCUGUUUCCUUCACCUUGGUCUCCCACCCCACACCCUGAGUCCCCCAAUGCUCAACUCCAAACCCACUCCCCUCCUCUAGGCCAGACUCCACAGGCUCCCCUCUGUCAUUUAUUUUACUUGUUAAUGCAUCCAUAAACCCACUAAUUGCAUCCCACAGGCUGACCCUUUCUGUGAUUAAAGACCCUCUGGCUGAGGUUGGUUCUCAGUUCAUUGCUGGGAGUUGGCAGAAGGAGGAGUAGUGGCUUUUAUGAAGAUGGCUCUAACCUCCUUCUCAAGCUUCCCUACAAAUAAACUGAUUGGCCACUAAUGGGCCUUGGAGCUUCCACUCCACUCUUUUUAUGAUUAUACAGGGUCCAGUCUGAUUUGUGCAUGAACAGAAAUAGAGCCAUCCCACUGUACUGAGGGAACAGAGAGCAACUAGAUGUAGGAUGACAGGGAGGGAAGGUAGCUGAGGAUCCCAAAUACUAGAACCACUGCCUAGAGCAAUCCUCAGAAUUCCUUCACACUUGUGGAUUAGGGAUCUAGCCCACAGCUAGAGGGAAGCACAAAGAAAGAAGAUAUGGUGGAAAGCUCUAGGCAUCAGCAGACUCUUACUCCACUGAGGGACUGCCUCAAAAACCACUGCUCCAACUUUCACUAAAGUUCUUGCCUCCCUCUGGGGCACCUGACCUGGCCUCCUGCUAAACAACAAGGCUAAGAUCCCUGAAAAGCUAUUUCUUUAGGAAUGGGAAAUUAGCUUUUCUAGAGAUGGCCCUUGGCUGGGAUGACAGUAUGGGAGCUGUGGAGGACUGCAAAAUAUCACUUCUUGAUGCUGCUGCCCAAGGAAUAAUAAGAAGCUUGGUAUCUAAGAAGAUGAGUGGACAUGUGUGGUCUCUAGUAGGUGUUUCUAUUGGGCCAGAGAGAGUCAGAUCCCCAGAGAGUGUACAAACAUAAUAGAAAAUCAGCCCAAAGGCUGAGAUCAGCCCCCGGGGGUCUACCCACAGAGCACACUGCAGAGCCUCUGAAAAACCACAGCACAAGGUGGGCCUUCUGUUACCCUUUAUAUUCCCCCACAUCCUUCACCAGACAUUCCAAAGUUGCUAAAAGGCAUCCAAGGGCUCCGACGUGGAAUAAUUAGGCCCAAGGCAUUUUGGCCAUGAUCUGAGUGAUAGCUGAGCUGCUCCCUGGGAUUGCAGGUGAGGUGGGAAAAUACAGAAUGGUUCCCAGGCAGACAGUUCCAGCUCCAAGACCUGAAAAUGCUCCAUUUCUCCUGUAGUGGAGUAAUAACAAACCAAAGGCAUUUUCUCUCACCAGCCUAAGCAUGGCCAACUUCUGACAAACUCCAGGACACCUCCUCAAACUUCAGUGUCAGCAGAAGGGGCUCAUUGUUUGUCUCUAGCAUGCCUUGCAUGUUUUCUACUUCCUUGCCUAUGUUUUAGAUACUCUUCCAUACUGGAAAGCCCUAUCCCUUUUGCCAAGUUUUUCUCAUGCUUGAACAACUUGCUCAGCACCACCUCCUUCACUGAGCCUCCUUUGACCACUCCAUCCCCCUCCUACUCCUCCCUCAAUGUACAAAUCACUUCUUUAAUGCUUAUUAUUCAUAAUUUUAAUGCAAAGUUUUAUUUUCAUGUAUGAAUAUAUGAUUUUAAAAGUGCAUUGUAAACUUCUGGGGGGUAGGGACCAUGUCUUAGACCUCUAUGUAUCCUCAAGACUUACAGAUAAAGACAUUCUGUAAGAGUGCUUGACAUAUAGUAGAUAAUCAAUAAACAU